GCAAUCUACAAUUACCUAGUAUUUUGAUUAUUAAUUUAUUAUAAUGUUAAAUGUUGAUUGUUAGCACUUUAAUUUGUGUUGCUAACGAAUUUAAUGCAAGGAUGAUACUAAAAACUCCCAACAAUCAAUAGUAGCUUUAGUCUAUCUUGUGAGGACAAUAAUUGAAGUUUUAAAUAAGCAUGUUUCUUAUCGGUGUCUUCAUUCAUGUGGUAUUUCUAAUUUCAAUAUUUGAUAUUUAUUUCAAGUCUCCUAUAGUUAAAAAUAUAAAGCCUCACACACCUAAUCACGAUGCCUUGGCAGAUCGUCUUGUGUUAUUUGUUGUUGAUGGAUUACGAGCUGAAUCCUUUCUUAACCACUCAACUAUGUCAUACUUGAGGUCGGUUGGUAACUCAAAUGGCAGGUGGGGGAUUUCUCACACUAGAGUUCCAACCGAGUCUCGUCCAGGGCAUGUGGCAAUCAUAGCUGGUUUUUAUGAAGACCCGUCAGCAGUAGUAAAAGGUUGGAAGGAAAACCCUGUUGACUUUGACUCUUUGUUUAACCAAAGUUCUUAUACAUGGUGUUGGGGAGCAUAUGAUAUUAUAGAUAUUUUCUCAAAGGAUCAAAGCAUAAAUAGCCAUAUUUUUCAUAGCAAAUUUGACCCUUAUGAUCAAACAUUUAGUUCUGAUAAAAAUACAACAUUAUUAGAUAGAUGGGUUUUUGAUAAAGUGCAAUCUCUAUUUGAAAACGCAAAGGUUGAUGAAAAUUUAAAUAAAAAAUUACUUGAUAAGAAGAUUAUAUUCUUUUUGCAUUUAUUGGGCACUGACACCUCUGGACAUACACAUAAACCAAAAACUAAAAAUUUCAUUACAACACUGCAACAUGUAGAUGAGGGAAUCAAAAACAUAGAACAAUUAAUAAGGGAUUUCUAUAACAAUGAUGGGAAAACAACAUUUCUAAUGACUUCUGAUCAUGGAAUGACUGAUUGGGGCUCACAUGGAACCGGAGAUGAUCAUGAAACUAAAACACCAUAUGUACUGUGGGGUGCAGGUGUAAAACAAGUUGAAAGUGAUGAAAAACAUUUUGAUGUUGAAACCAACUCAAUGAUUUUGGAGCACAGAUAUGACUUGAAUCAAGCAGACCUUACCCCAUUGAUGGCAUCAUUUCUCUCAAUACCUGUUCCUGUAAACUCAAUAGGUCAACUAAAGCCGGAUCUUCUCGACACUUCAAAAGAAAAUAAAGCGAAGGCAGUUUACAGUAACAGCAGACAACUGUUAGCUCAAUACAAUAGGAAGAGACUUGAAAUUGAAGCUAAUGCCAUCAAAGCAUUCUACAAACCCUAUGGACCACUUAAUAGCAGGAAAGUGGAGGAAUUAAUACAAUUUACUGAAAGACUUUUGGAAAAGGAAGAUUAUGAUAGUCUUAUGGACUUUUCCUAUGAAAUAAUGAAUUUAAGUUUAUCAGGACUUGAAUAUUACCACAACUAUUACCAGAAACCACUUUUGUUGACUACGACAUUAUCGUUUUUGGGCUGGAUAACUUAUUUACUGAAGGUACUCUUAGAUCAGACCAUGUAUGCCCAAGUCAAUGUUUCAAACAGAAAAAACAAAACAAGGACACAUUUAAAUAAGACACCAGGAAAUAUUAUUCUCUGUAUAUUAUUAGGCAUAGGCAUAAUCUUUACCUAUUUAAUAUAUGAGCAGAAUUUACCAACACAAUAUUAUAUCUAUUUCUUAAUGCCCCUGCUCCUGUGGUAUUAUGCUUUGACACCAAUUGAAUUAUGGAUUGAGACAUUAUCAAUGCUCCGGAGAAAGAAAAGAAUCAUGUUAUUGAUUGUUGAAGUAUUGUGUUAUGUUAUUGGUUGCAUCGCUUUGGCCCUUUCAUUUUCCUAUAGGUGGAUGCUCAGCAUACCACUUCUAGGCAUGAGUGUAUGGCCAAUGCUAUCAUCAUCCAAAAGAUUGUUACCCAAGUAUGUGUGUGUUGCCUGGCCGGCCGGAUGUGUGGCGCUGAGCAUUUUUUCAUUCAUGCCAGUAGUUGGAAAGGAUGUUUUUAUUGAACUUGUAUAUGCUGCUGGAUUUAUAUGGUUGCUUGUUAAGAUAUACUAUGUUUGGUUCAUUAUGAGUGGUAAUUACGAGAAUACAGUUAAUAUAAGAGAGAUUAUCGUAAGCGUGCUACAAAUGAUACUCCUGACAUUAUCGCUGCAGAUCAUAUUCGUGCAGUCCAAACGAUUUGAGAAUGGCUCACCUAUUUCACAACUUCUCCAGACUGCUUGUUGGUGCUUUACGGUGAUACUUUCAGUGUUGCCACUACUGUAUUCUACAAAUAUAACCAAUCGUCUCCAUGGAAUCUUCUCUUCAAUAGUCAAUUUCUACUUGUUAUUAUCUGUGUCCCAUGAAGGAUUGUUUAUGGUUACUUUGCUUUUGAACAUACUCUGUUGGAUGUACAUUGAAUUCAAGCUCUUAGGCCUGGGAAACAGAAAGAUCACAGAUUGCGACUUUGAUUUGGAUGAAACUGUCAAAUCAAAACACAUCACGCCUUUUGAAAGAAGUAUAAGCAGCCAUGACUUUAGGAGAGCUUUCUUUUUCAUGUUGUAUGUCAUUUUAGCAUAUUUUGGCACAGGCAACAUAGCGUCGCUAAAUUCGUUUGAAGUGAGAUGGGUGUUAUGUUAUACCACUUCGUUCCAGCCAUUUGUUAUAACUGCUUUGAUAUUACUCAAAACUUUAUCGCCCCUACUUGCAGUGGGCUGUUGCUUCAGAGCAAUACAAAAAUUAACAAAGGCACCAAUGGGAUAUCUUAAUAUAAUGGUGUUAAUUUAUUCCAACAUAAUGGGCCUGCAGUUGUUGUAUUACGUAAAAAAUACUGGCAGUUGGUUGGAAAUAGGAACCUCAAUAUCACUGUAUGUGAUCGUGCAAGUUCUCACACUGUUUAUAGUUAUUAUCAACCAAAUAGCCAAGAUAUUGACUGAGUUUGACGCAUUUCAUUUGAGCUGCAGACUGUUUAGUAAUAAGAAGAAAGAAGUAUGAAAUAUGAAUGAUGUAUAUUCCUCAUGUUUUCAAUUUUAAUAAAAAUGUUGAUUAUUUA